AUGGACGACCAUUUAUUACUAAAGAGGGCACGGGACGCCGAAGAGCCGAGCUCGGCGGGGCAGCCGCGCCUGUGGGUGAAGAGCCGGUCCAAUGCCUGGUGGGAGCAGGUGAGCAGCUCUGACUACCCGGACGAGGAGUUCCGGAAGUCCUUCCGGAUGUGUCGUGCGACGUUCGAUUUAAUCUGCGAAGAGCUGGAGCCGGCCGUGACGAAGAAGGACACGAUGCUCCGCCUCGCCAUCCCCGUGCCCCAGCGCGUGGCCGUGUGCCUGUGGCGCCUGGCCACAGGCGAGGCCCUCCGCGAGGUCUCGAGGCGCUUCGGCCUCGGGAUCUCCACCUGCCACAAGCUCAUCCUCGAGGUCUGCACCGCCAUCCGCGCAGUCCUCAUGCCCAAGUACCUCCACUGGCCCGACCCCGCCCGCACCGCCGCCAUCCAGCGCGACUUCGAGGCCUCCUCCGGCAUCCCCGGGGUAGGCGGCGCAAUCUACACCACACACACCCCGAUCAUCGCCCCCAAGGUCAGCGUGGCCGCAUACUUCAACAAGCGCCACACGGAGCGAAAACAAAAGACAACCUAUUCCAUCACUCUCCAAGGAGUCGUGGACCCCAACGGAGUCUUCACCGACAUCUGCGUCGGCUGGCCGGGCUCCAUGACCGACGAGCAGGUGCUCCACAAGUCAGCGCUGUUCCACCGCGCAAAUCUCUUUUCCACGUGGAUCGUCGGGAGUUCAGCCUUCCCGCUCGCGGAAUGGCUGCUGGUGCCGUACGCGCACCAGAAUCUGACGUGGACGCAGCACGCGUUCAAUGAGAAGAUCAACGAGGUGGCGAGGGAGGCGUUCACGCGCCUCAAGGCGCGGUGGAUGUGCCUGCGAAAGCGUACCGAGAUGAAGCUGCUCGAUCUGCCUGUCGUGCUCGGGGCGUGCUGCGUGCUGUAUAAUAUAUGCGAGAAUAGGAACGAGGGGAUCGCGGCGGACCUCAGGUUCGACCUCUUCGACGAUCUCAGCGCACCGGAGAAUCCCGUGAGGUCCGCUGAGGCUGUACAUGCCAGAGACCAGAUUGCGCACAAGCUCUUGUUGCAUCAUAGUCUCGCCGGCACUAAUUUUCAGUAGUCAUUAAUUUUUGGUCUAUUUUUUCAUAUACUAAGUCGUGUGUGGGAGGAUUAAUAAUUGAACUAUACCAGUAUAUCUAGUUUUUGUAGGAGUUGUAUGCAUUUUGAUUUGAAGCUAACAUUUGUUCAA